AUGGCGGCGCCAUCUUUCAAAUUUCAACCUGUGCAUGCUGCCCUUCCCUGCUGUGCUCCUCAAACUGACCCCACCUAUUCCCACCACCCAGUCCAACCCCUGCCUCAAGGCGGCUACCAGUCCUACAAUCCCCCCUACAACAACGACCAAGGAGGCGAGGACGAAGAGGAGGAGGAGGGAGAAGAAGAGGAAGAGCAGGACCCCUACUACCAUCGUGUUUACCCCCCUCAGUACUACCCCCAGCCGCCUCCCCCAUCAGUGCACGAUCGCCGCGGGUACCCCUCGAGCCCCGCCCACUCUGAGGAUGUGGAGCUGAGGUCGCCGGGCGUCGUGAGGAGGUUUUCACGGGACGUCGUCGUCAUGGAGGAGAGCGAGGAGGGAGGACUUUAGAAGGAAGGAUGGACUCACCUAAAGUGCUUGAGCCCUGCACGCCACAACACACACACACACACACGGAAACAAAUCAGACACUGGCAUACACAUGUAUGGGAUAAAUGUCAUGCCACGUUCCAAAACUGAAAAAGAAAGGUUGAAACUUGAGAUCUGAUAAAAAUAAAUGCUUUGCAUGGUCGAAAUGAAGUUUUGAGGCUGUGCAUGUUUUUAUAGGCUGGGAAAUUAUUUGAGUUUCCCUCUUCAAAACUAUUUUACAGAGUUUCUCCAAUACAAUCAACAGUUUGUUCCCCAGGUUUGAAACCUUGUAAAUGGUGAUCUGAAAACUGGUGCACGUACGUUGGAAAAACUGAAACGUGGAAACUUGAGUUUUGAAAGGGCAAAUCUUUAUUUUGAAACGAAUGUACACUUGCACUCUUAUAACAGCCUGUUAAUUUAUUUUUUUCAAAAAUGUUGACCACACAUUUACAAGAUAGUGAAUCUGAUGAUUUUCGGGCCCUGUUGUCCUGCACCUCUAAUCUGGAAAAACCUGGAUUUUUUAACCGAUCAAAACAUUAUCCAUGUCUUCAAAACUUAGUUUCAAUCAUGCAAACACUGAGUUUCAACCUUUCAAAGCCUUUUCUUCUCAGUUUUGGAAGAUGGCAUGGUAUCUGCACACAUGUACAUCUGACCCCCUUCUGAACCUGGGGUUAGAAGCCCCCCCUCCCCCCUCCCUGUGUGGUUCUCCAGCAGGUGAGACAGUGUAAAUAGCUCUGUGGACUCUUGUACGAUAUCUGUAAAAACACGGGGUCCGAAAAGUGCCUGAUCUAUGUUAGCAUCAUCCAGUGGUAAUGCAAAGGUAAGACGUGAUUCCUGCCAUCUUACAUCUGAUUCCAGGACUCAACCCUUCAUGGUUUGUCUGUUUGUUGUGUGAAGCUGCAUGUCUCCUUUGAGCCAAUCAGUGAGUGUGUAACUGGACACGUGCAUCUCGUUUUGGUUUCAUGCAACUAGAAAUAUUAUUUUACAACCCACACCUUUGAGGAUGUUGGGCUGGCGACAUUUGUACAGGCUGCUUUUUAUAAAACGAUGAAUUAUGUUUCAAUCGCUUAUUUCAAUGUGUUAAAGGAAUAUUGAAAUGUUUUUUUUAAGGGAUUUCUCCGUUACAGUAUUGUGUUGAGUUUUGCUUAUUUGGGCUGAAAUAGUAAUGGGAGUGAAUCCACUCAAAUGAAAUGCAGAAGCAUCAAAUUUCUGUUUAGCAUCAAAUUACCUUAACACUGUGGAACACAAAUCUCUUUUAAAUUAUUUUCCAUCAGAGAAAAUCUGGCCCCCCCGUUACAUUUUGUCCAGCCAUAUCUGUUACUAUCAACAUGUCUGUUCUGGGUUUUGAUCGUCAGACUCGUUGGGAAUUAAAAGGACAAAUCAGCGUUGUUUGUGUCUUGUGUUGCUUUGUUUAUUGUUCUUAUGCAAAGUUGGGCCCGUUCACUGUGGAAACUGUUUUCUCUUGGAUCCAGUGAAAGACUCAACCAUCCAUGUCAACUCUGUCCCUCCUGCACUGCAGCCUGGGAAAAACAAGCACUAAAGUAAAAGUUCAGCUGUGAACUGGCCCCGGUCUAGUUUGACAUUUAAACUGUGGAACUGACAGUUUUAAUAAGGAAUGUGUCUCACCAACAUGCCCCUUAUUUAUUUUGUAUUUUGUUUGCUUUUAUAACCAAUAAAUCUGUAAUGAGACUCCAA